UGAAUUUCCGAAGAAAAAACCAUGAAUACGAUGUUGUUUUCAUUUUCGGUAACAGAAAACUUUCAAAUAAGGCCUAAUGAUCUUAACAGGCGUAAAAGUCUUAUCAGGAAACAACAUUGAUGACAUUUUGAGACCUUGGCUUGACAUUCAUAUCUGAUUUCAAGGGGGAUGGAGUAACGAGGAAAAGUUUAAAAACAAGAGAUGGAGAAACGAUAUCAAGCUCAGCAUAUCUACAUUAAUUAUAGGAAAGAAGAGGAUGCGCCCCGGCCCACCCGAUCCAUACUACAGUCUUUGUUUUCUAUCUUGGUGGAGUUUCUAAGCCUGUGUAAACCAGAGGAAAAAUUUUCCUUUCACGAGUUUCAUAAGAUUUUGAAUUUUAGUUCCAACGAAAGUGAUUUUGAUUUAACUAAAGCUUCGGAAGCAUUUGAAACCUUAGAAUUUUUUUUAAUUACGAUAUGGAAAAAUUCAUGGAAACCAGAAUUCAAAAGAAUACGAAAAUAUUGUGGAUUUUAUCAAACGAAAAUCGAAUCGCAUUUAAAGAAAUCAGAGGAGGUUUUUAAAUUAAUCGGCUAUGUGGAAAACGGGGAUACAUUAGUGUUAAAUAGGAGGCUUAAUCAAGAUGUUGUAUUAUCCGUAGGAUUUGAAUGCAUCUUAGCUUCCGUCGAGUGCAUUCUAGUGUCCAGAAUACGGAAUAGAAUCGAAACGCCUAAACGACCGUAUGACAUCUUUACCUUGAGACAAAAAUAUUGCGGGAGUGAAGACGAGUUCGUCUCUCUAUUGGCCGGAUCAAGAAAGGACGCGCACGCUAAAACUCAUUCAAAACUAGACGAUACAGAGGUGGAUCACAAUUCUGUGACGUUUUCUCCGUCGGAGGAGCGGCCUGGUCACCACGAUAUUCCUUUCAUUGACGAUGACGCCGAUGGACACAAGGAAUACGAUCAAAUCAGUCCCAAUUUCGAGGAGGGGACGUUGGAUGACCAUCUGAUGGCGAGUUUAAAGUUAGUGAGCAAAGAGAAGAAGAAAGUGGAAGAGCCGGCACCUUCCCCGAAAAAAGGCUCCGAGGAAUGGUCGUUUGUCACGGAUAGUUUGAGAAAACGGUACGGCGAGGAAUAUAAUUGGGGACAGCGAGGGGAUAUAUUACAAGCCGAGCAAUCGACGAACCAUAUGAUGCAGCAGGAUGUUCGAAAGGAAAAGGGUGAAGCGAUGAAGCGGCUAAUGAAGAAGGAGAGCUCGUCUUAUCGAGACUCUGGUUAUGUUGGUGGUAGUAGUUUUCAAAACGUUAGCCACAGAUCUGACAUGUUAUCUCGGGCUGGUUGUCCUGAGACUAAAAUGCCAUCCUCUUAUAGCAAGCCGAUUCACCAGGCGACAACUUACGCUCAUGCGCAAUUACCACCUUCCUGUUCCGGCGGAAACCUAGUUGUGUCUCCAGAGGAGCGGGAUAUAGGCGGCGGCGAGAAGCUACAAAUAAAUGACCGUGUAGAUGUGAGGUUCGAUAGGUUAGCUAUAAAUCAACCUGUAAUAAGCAGCCAUUCUGCCCCUAUAGCGCGGAAACUUUCCAAAGGGGCCGAAGUGGUUCCUGCUGCCAGUAGUAGCAGGUUUGGGAGUCGUAGCUUGACAGAAUGCGGUUGGGUGUGUCCGUAUUGCACGAUACGAAAUCCCAUCGCUAAUCCAAUUUGUUCCGUAUGUAGUAAAACUAAUGAUAUGAGGGACACGAAAGUGGCGUCUAAAUCUAUGGACGUCAGGUGGACAUCCAGGCAGUGUGCCCAAUGUACGUACGUUAAUCAUUCGGAUCGCACGGAUUGUGAAAUGUGUGGUAACACAUUAAACGAUACCUACCCCGCAUCAUGAACAGGUUACACUAUAUAGACAGUUUUAAAAAAUUAUGUUUGAUAAAUUGUAUUAUCGCAAAGAAAUUUGGCUAGUGUUUCAAGAAUCGCCUGCAAUGUUAAACACAAAAAACUCCACGCUUAUAAGCAAAUCAACACUCUACAUUUUGUUAAUAUUAGUAUUGUGAUUUCGUUAUACAAAUAAAUUAACGAUAAAACUA